AUGCCUGCACGAUUAAGUGCGCCCAUCCUGACCGUCGACGUCGGUUUAAUACACAAAGUCGACACACGUAAUGUUGAGAACCUCUUCAGCAUGUGGGCAGUUUUCUCAAAGUGCUCUGCAUCAUUAGAAGAAGGACGCAGACUGGACAACUUGUCUUGGAGAUUGUGGAAUAGAGAAUUCUUCUGUUGCGAUUCUGCGUCAGAAGCCAACGCUACCACCCCCGCUAUUUCCACCUCGGCGCGCAGCUCGGAAGGACAGUACACCACCGAGAUCCCAAGUCUAUCAACGAGUCUGGACUCUUUGGCCGACGAAGAGGCGAUCGAGUUCGACACCGACAGCAGCUCCGACAGUACCUGCGGAGCCGUCAACAUUCCAUUCCAGACACAGAGAACCGAUUCAAUCAGCAGCCGAGUGAGCAGAGGCCGCGAGAGACACAUCACACCCGACGAUCUGGAAAAGAUGGUCAUCACCAUCAAAGAGAAGAAGACCCUGUAUGAGCCUUUAGCGCUCAGCACUCACUCAUAUCUUGCACCUCAACCAAAGCAAACUUCAACGCCACAGCCCACUGCCACUAUCCCCGCCGAAGAGCUUUCAUCGGCCGCAGAAUCCGCUUCCUCGGCCAGUGGUUCGGAUAGAUCUUCACAAGCCAGCUCCGGAGCUGUCACAGACUGCUCCGAACAAAGCGCAACCAGCGUUGUCAGAGGAUUUUCGCCAUCACACGUUAGCUCUUCACAAAGAUCUAUCCCGCUUCUCUCUGCACCAUAUAUGGCGGAAGUCCACCCUUCCUCAAGAGGACCAGCUCAAAAGAAGCAGGCAAUGUUUGCGCUCGGUGGCUCUUCAGGCGACGAUUCUUUCAGUGAGCAACCAAGCUCAAUCAACAACAGCUUACAGCCAAACCGUCCAAAGAAGAAGGCAAUGUUCUCCUUUGGCGGAUCAUCCAACGAGGAUGAAAGCUCACUCCCACACAACAUGACCAGCACCACCAGCGCCGUUCGACCUGCCGCCAGCAAGAAGACUACCUCAUUCCAAGAGGAGGUUGCAAACCGCACCAUCCACGAGGAUAGCGUUCUGGACGACGAUGUCUUCGAGACUGACGACGAGGAUGAUGUUGACGAGAGCGCCAUUGAUGAUGAUGACGACUCAUCAGACUGGGAAGAUUCAGUUGAGGAUUCCGGUAACCCAAGCAUCGACGAAAAGACAUUUUUCCAACGCGUCGACUCGAGACCCAACUUGACCACUCGUCGUUCGUUGAUCACAACCAUGCUUCAUCAAAACGAUAGAGCUACCGCCCUCGCACAAGCCGCCACCACAUCUCAAUCUACUCCAGCUCUCCAGCGAUCACGUACCACCUCUCCAAAUGGCCCAUCCCUCGCAGCUUCACCCGAUUCUGACGACGCGGCUCCUUUGAUGAUGAGAAGCAAGGGUCUUCGACCUGGACUCAACCCGAUCGCCGAGAUCCCAAGGUCUUCAGCACAACCAAUCAUCCCUACCAUUACCACCACUCAACCUCAACAACUCGCCUUGUCACCAAGAUCCACCCGCAAGAAGAUGAUCAAUGAUGAACUCACUGUCAGCCUUCGUCAACACCUCGUCUGGGAACAUCGUCAAAAGUCAUCAACUGCUAAUGCAGUCAAUGCUGUCCUUCAACGCCGUCACACCACCCAAGACAUGGCCAACCUCAAGCAGUACCCUGACAAGGUCUGCAUGGACCACAAAGACAACGACAACAUCAACGCCAGCUGGAACCAAUACUUUGGUCAAGGCUUGAACGAGUAUCACUCUCAAGGAUGGUAG